CUUUAUGGAUUAAGCUUAUCCGAAACCGAAGACGCUGCCUACUGCUUCUUCUUUUAGCGGUGACCCACUGCAAAAACUUCUCGAAACACCCUUGGUUAAGUUUUUUCGAAUCCCUCGAAGACCGUAACUUGUCCACUCUCCGGCCAAGAACCGGCGACUGGAAUCUGAAACCUAUCCAAAAAUCCUUAUUGAUGGCCAGUGAUGCAUGCUCCUCAAACACGAGACGAAGCAGAGGUGGAGACGACGGACACCAGGGACUCAAAGCUGGAUAUGGAACCUCAUGUUCGCCGCAACCUGGGGAUGUAAAAGAUGGUGUGGCCCCAAAAUGCUUCUGUGGAAAAUAUGCCAUCUAUUACAUGCUGAAGACAAACAUCCACUCGAAUAGGCUAUUUUUUGGAUGCCCAUUGUUAAAGGUGACACAAUCACAUUGCAAAUUCUUUGUCUGGGUUGAUGACCACAUUGCAAGGGUCAGAGCUGUGGAGCCAACAAGGGGAUUAGGUGACGGCAAGCCGAAUGGUGUUGAAGAACAUUCGGGACGAGAUAACUUGAUUGCUCAUGUCGAGGAAAGAAUAGUAAACCUAGAGAAGCUACUGAACAAAAAGAGUAGAGAAGCAGAAUUGAAGAAGAAGAAUAAAGAAGCAACUGCAAGAGAGAAGGAGGCUUCAUCAAUAAAGUCUAAUGAUUAGAUCAAAACCAGAACCACAAGCACCUCUAAUAGGUUUAGAAACUUAAGAAUAAUUUCCUUCUUUGAUAUGGGCAAGAUGGUUGGAAUUUGAUUAUAUAUGUAGUGACGUGUUCUUGUUUUACCUAUAGAUACAUAUAUGUCUUAUGGUAUAUAUUUUUGUGAGUUGUGAGU